AUGGCCGCACCACCUAAGACGACACUAACUGCAUUUUCCCUGCUUUGCCAAAAUGACGCAUUUGCAAAAACAUUACUUUAUGUUGACGUACCCCGCUACUAUACAUGGAACGUGUCGUCGAAAGAAUGGAAACGUCGUUUACAAGGCACACCUGUCGACGGCUGGCCAGGUGUGAAGGCAGGAGAUGCUCUUGGGCGCAUUUACACAGUGCAUGUUAGUAACUUCGAAUGUUACUGUUUGCGAAUGCUGCUGAAUGUAGUACAGGGCCCCACUAGCUUUUUGGAUCUAAAAACAGUUGACGGCCAAGAACUUGAAACUUUUCGACAAGCGUGUGAGAAGUUGGGGUUGUUGGAAGAUGACAACCACUGGGAUGCCACAAUGGAAGAGGCAGUGCUGUGUCGCUCUCCUUCGCAAAUAAGAGAACUAUUUGCAAUAUUGAUAUGCACUUGCGGUUUAUCCAAUCCUCUUCAACUAUGGGAUAAGUAUAAAUCUGCAUUAUCGAAGGAUAUCUUGCAUAGAUUUGAAAGGAUGGAUCAAGUUAACAAUGAUCUAUGUUUCAAUGAAGCACUGAGACAUAUAGAGGACAAAAUAAUAACGAUUUCCGGUAAGAAAUUGUCUGACUUCGGUAUGCCUACACCAGAGCGUCGAGGAGAGUUGUCGACCGAUUUGAUCAAAGAGCUAAGCUACGAUAUUGCUUUAUUAGACGCUCAGGUCAGCGAAACUGAACCACGCCUGCUACCCGAACAAAAAAACAUUUAUAACAAAAUAUUACAACGAGUUGAGCUUGACAAAGGCGGCCUUUUCUUUCUUGACGCCCCGGGCGGUACAGUUAAAACAUUUUUGCUUAAUUUGCUUCUAGCAAAAAUUCGUAAGGACCGUAAAGUUGCAUUAGCGGUGGCUUCCUCUGGGAUCGCUGCAAUAUUGCUGAGCGGUGGACGAACGGCACAUUCGGUUUUUAAAUUACCUCUUAAUCUGGCGAGCGAAGAAACCCCAACGUGCAACAUCAGUAAGAGCAGUGCCCGUGGCGCCCUCUUGCAACAAUGUAUGCUGAUCGUGUGGGACGAGUGCACUAUGUCACACAAACGCGCCAUUGAGGCGCUUGAUCGCUGUCUACAAGAUAUUCACAGCAAUCGAAAGUUGAUGGGUGGUGUGGUAGUGUUAUUGGCAGGGGAUUUUAGACAGACUUUACCUGUUAUCGAGAGAGGCACUGCAGCAGAUGAAAUUAACGCAUGUCUAAAAGCCUCAUAUCUGUGGUCUAAAGUUGAAAAGCUUUAUCUUACCACUAACAUGCGAGUCCAGUUAUUCAGCGAUGUCGAAUCAGGAGCAUAUGCUCAAAAACUGCUAGAAAUUGGUGAAGGCCACCUAAACACCGACCAAGAAGGUAUGGUUCUUUUCACACAGCAAUUUUGUCAUGCUGUGGAGACAGAAAACGAACUUAUUGAACAAGUUUUUCCGAAUCUGCAACAAAAUAUUCUUGACGAAAAUUGGUUGUGUGAAAGAACCAUAUUGGCACCAAAAAAUGAGAUUGUUGCGAAAAUAAAUAAAAAAAUCUUGGCCGAAAUAAACAGCGAAACAUCAGUGUAUAAUUCCAUUGACACAGUUAUGUCAUCCGAUGACACUACAAGUUAUCCCGUAGAGUUCCUAAACUCUUUAGAGUUGUCCGGGGUGCCAUCACACAAGUUGGAAUUUAAAG